AACAACACAAACCAUAGAAGAAGGACAAUAACAACUGGAACUCUUCAGUCCUGUGAUCUUGUUCUGUUGUGUUUGAUCUGGUCCUCCAUACCGCAUAACACGAUGGAGUUUAUUGAAGAGGAGAACAAUGAUAAUACAUGCCGUCAGUGUGGAAAGAGCUUCACAAGUAAACGAAACCUAGACGAACACUUGAGCGUUCACACCGGAGAGAAAGCGUUCACAUGCCCUCAGUGUGGAAAGAGUUUCUCACGUAAAGGAGUCUUUCUGAUUCACAUACGCAUUCACACCGGAGAGAAGCCGUUUGCGUGUCAGCAGUGCGGAAAGACUUUCACGAGUCGAGGAACCCUUAACUCUCACCUAAGGGUUCACAGUAAUGAGAAACCAUUCAAGUGCCCCGAGUGUGAAAAGAGCUUCAGACGGAAAGACCACUUCAGUUGUCACAUGAGGGUUCACACUGGAGAAAAUCCAUUCUCUUGUCCUCAUUGUGGAAAGUAUUUUUUAACUAAAGGCAACCUUGAUAGUCACAUACGCAUGCACACCGGAGAGAAGCCGUUUGCGUGUGAUCAGUGCGGGAAGAGCUACAAAUGGUCAAAUAGUCUCCGAAUUCAUAAGCGCUUUCACUCCGGAGAAAAGCCCUUUAAGUGUGAUCAGUGCGAUAAGAGGUUUGUUCUGGAAUCAGACCUGAAGGCCCACAUGAAAACGCACACUAAAGAGAAGCCUUACUUGUGUUGUGUUUGUGGGAAGAGUUUUGCAUGGCUGAUUCGUUUUAAAGGCCAUCUGAAAAUACACUCUGGUGUGAACGAGCGUUGCACUGAUGCACAGAAAGGAGCACUGCCCAAAAUUUAAGUCCAUGUGAGAAAUAAGAGCUCCACGGUUAAUGAGCUCCACGGUUAAUGAGCUCCACGGUUAAUGUCAUUUGGGAUUCAGAAUGUGAACAAUGUUAAACACACCUACAUGAGCCUGCUGUCUUUCACAUAACGAUCUGUGUUAAAGUUACAAAUCUUCAUUGAUUUAUGAUUGCUCGUACACUUGCAUUGCUGUAAUUGUUUCAGUGCUGCUCGAGGUUGAUCGAGUCAGUGAAAUCAUUAACUGAAAAGGAACAGAAUGAGAUCCAGCUUCUGUUAAAUCAUCCACUUAUAGAGAUGUACUUUUAUUAAAGCAAAUAUUGCAUCAUGAGCG